UACACAUUAGGGUCACGUGGGUUUCACAUAUUUUUUCAGGUGAUAUAUAGGCGUUUGUUUUGAAGUCCAUAUCCUCUAAUUUCCGGGAUUAUUCCCCUUACAGAGUGUAGUUUGGCGCAGCUGGACCUGCAGCCCUGCAGAGUCUCCCCCCCUCCCUCCCAUCCUCUCUGUCUCCGGGUCUCUCUCCGUUUGAAAGUCUGCACUUCUCGCCCAGGUGUGACAUUUUUGGAGUGCCUCAUUGGAACCGCAAACCGCCGAGAAGAUGACGGACUCCACACCGGCGGAAACCACCGCCGUCCCGGAUCCGGCUGUAGUGGUGGCGGUGAACGGGCAGUGCGAGCAGGCGGACUCCCCACAGCAACAACAGCAGCAGCAGCAGCAACAGCAGCAGCAGCAGCCCAACACCGAAAGUCAGGGAGAGGGUUUCAAGAUGGACCAGGAGAUGAAGAUUACAGACAGCAUAGAGGACGCAGGUCUUCUGGAGAGCAGUAUGCGUCUGAAGCCACACGAAGCACAAAGUUACCGGAAGAAGGCUCUGUGGGUGUCCUGGGUGUCCAUCGUAGUCACCAUCAUUCUGGCCAUCGCCGCUUUCACUGUUUCCAUCAUGCGCCACAGUGCUUCAGCUUUUGGAUUUGCUUUUGAUGCCAUGCUGGAUGUCUUAUCCUCCGCCAUUGUUCUGUGGCGGUACAGCAAUGCUGCAGCUGUCCACUCAGCACACCGCGAAUACAUAGCUUGUGUUAUCCUGGGUGUGAUUUUCAUCCUGUCUUCCAUGUGCAUUCUGGGUAAGGCCAUCCACGACCUGGCCACCAAGCUGCUGCCUGAAGUGGAUGACUUCCUGUUCAGCGUGUCCAUCGUCAGUGGCUUGGUGUGCAUCAUCCUGGCGGUGAUCAAGUUUAUGCUCGGCAAAGUGCUCACAAGCCGAGCCCUCAUCACUGAUGGAUUCAACUCGCUGGUGGGGGGAGUUAUGGGCUUCUCCAUCCUCAUCAGUGCUGAAGUGUUCAGGCAUGAACCCAAGGUGUGGUACCUAGACGGGACAAUAGGUGUCCUCAUAGGCCUGAUCAUCUUCGCCUAUGGAGUCAAGCUGCUGGUGGACAUGGUCCCGCGGGUCCGACAAACCAGGAACUACGAGCGCUUUGAGUGAUGCACUGCAGCCGGACGGAUCACAGAGGAAAAUAGGG